AUGACUGCUCUCAUGCAGAGCGGCGCGAUGGCGCAGUGUGGAGAUUAUGCCGCUGGUUGCGUGGACUCUGCCUUGUUGAUCCUCGUGAAGUAUGAGAAAAGUGUGAACCUCUCUCCCGGUCCUUUUGCGGUUCCGGAAGACAAGGCGGAGAGGAAGAACCAGGAGCGAAUUGCAAAACACUUCUACCACCGAGCCACGCUACACAACUUCCGCUUCGUACCUGCGCCAACCGCCAAACAGUGCGGAGUCUUGAAGAAGUGGAAGGACGCCCUGGAGCCGUUGCAAGCUGUAAAGGCCAGUAGCAGCAGUCCAAAGGCGAUGUCGUCAAAGGAAGGCCUGUGUGGAUUGUCAGAUGCGCUGCUCUGUAGCAUAGCCGGGCUUGUCUUUAACGACUGGGCGGACUUUGCACGCUUGGCUCCCUGCUGCCUUCGUUUACGAUCAAUUGCCUUGAAGGGAGAUUCUUGGAAGGUCGUGCCAGUCUUGGGCAGUGAAUUCUUCGGUUCUCGCGAGAAAGAUUUCUGGGCACACUUCGAUGUCGAUCGAGGGGUGCUUCGUGAUGGGGAUGCUUGUUUGAGUCGCAAGGUGGUGGGUUUGCUGUUGCUGGCUCUGCGGACUUUUUCCAAGAAGCCGCUUUACCUGUCUGGGCGAGACCUGUACCGCCCAGAAUAUGUUCGUCUGUGGUCUCUGGCGAUGAUCUUUGACCUGCCCGGUCUGAGACCGUGUUUUGAUUUCAAGCGAGAUAGCUGUGACCCCAGUGGCAUGAGAGCCAGGCGGGAAGACGUGGAACUCAUGAGUACCUCUCCAUACACCAAUGCCAUCACCCGGCAGCAUCUGAUGCCGCGUUCAAUGGGCUUUGGGUGGGAGAAGCGCUUCCACGGAAUAUAUGCAGAAGUAGAAGUCCAGCUUGAUCCCAAGGACUUGGAUGCCUACAAGAUCUUCAGCAUGGCUCUCGUAUCCGGAAAGAGUGGGGGAAUACCGGUCAGCAUCAUCAACACCCUUCACAUGGACCUCAUAGCCUGGAAGCUGAUGCUUGUGGGAGAGGGGCCCCUGCUGCAGGAGAACUCCCCAACCGAAGAGGGCCGCCCCAUGUUCGAACCAGGGGCAUACUUCCAGGUGAACGGGCUGUCUCCGCACCCAGCCGUCCGCCUCUCCUGGGAGCCGAAACAGCUGCGCAGUGGCGACCGCUUGGGCCUCAUGGCUCUGGAGCAGUGCGCGCGAGGAAAAGACACGCCAGUCCUGGUAUCAACAGGGCUUGCGCUCGUGCACAAUGGCAAGAUCGCUGCUGCCAAGUGGCUUCCACCACUGCUAGACCAGAGGGGGCAUGCACAUCCGUGCCUCAGCGUGGAUGCUUCAAAGUACGGCCCUGACGAUCCAGGCAUGUUGCUGUACUUGGAGCAUUACUUCGAAGCUAGAGGAGGAGGCGUUACUCUGCAUCUGCGUGCAGAGGCCCCGUCCCUGAAAUCUUUCCUGGAAAUAGCUGGCCCAGAGCCAAGCAGUUCCUGA